UUGAUUUGUUUUUAUUUUACUGGAAAUAAAAAUAAACUAGGGAAAUUUUCUUAUGUAUAUUUAUUUUAGAACUUAACGAGGCUAAUAUAAUCUUUGUAAACAAUGUUGUUGUUUAAAACACAUUCUAUCUACAUGGUAGUGAUUAGAAUUAGUCUUCCUGCCUCAUUAAAUUAAGAGUUAAUGAAUUAUAUUUUCCUGAAUUUUACGUAAUUUUCUUAUUUCAGCCUUAUUACUUCUUAUUUAUGUAACUGUCAAAGAACUUGCUGAGGGAAGGGGGGUGAAUACAGUACGGCUACGACUCGUUGCUUACAUAUAUAUAGAAAGGAAUAAUUUUCUAAGCAGGCAGUCGAACGAGCAACUUCUCUACUCACAUUACAGCUUCUAUCAUAAUGAAUAAAUUACUCUCUUUUGCUGUCUACUUUUUAACGACCUACUCAUUAGCAGCAGAGGCUAAAGAGAAUAAACAACCUGAAAAAAGAGGAAUUGUGGGCGGUAUCCAAGAAUUAGCAUACGGAUCUGGAAUCGGACUUGCUUCUGGAAUAAGUCUUACUCCGGAAACGGGUCUUGUUAGCUCUGGAAUAAGCCUUCCUUCAAAUAUUGUUACAUCUGGAGCAGGCCUGACGAAUGGACUUCAACUUUCUAGUAACACUCUAUCUUUAGGAAAUGCUGCAUCGUCUGGAAUCAGUCUUGCAUCAGGAAUCUCUUCGAUUGCCAGUCUUCCUGCGGCAACUACUUUAGCGACAGCAAGUGGUUUAUCUUCAGGAAUAAACCUCUCCGCUGCGAAUGGCCUAACUUCUGGAAUAAGUAUCUCUUCUGGAACUGCCAUUCCUUCUGGAAUCAGUUUGCCUACUGCAACAGGUCUUACUUCUGGAUUAGAUUUGAAAUCUGGAUUAGCACUGCCAACGCCUCAGACAGUAGCGGUUCCUGUGGAUCGCCCAGUGCCGGUUUCGGUUUCACAGGCGGUUCCUGUUCCAGUCGACAGGUUGGUACCUGUUACAGUGAAUCGUGCAAUUGCUGUUCCGGUCGAUCGGCCUUAUCCGGUAGCAGUCGACAGACCAGUCGCUGUUCCAGUACCGCAAGUAGUUACGGUGCCAGUUUCCCGCCCAGUACCAGUUCCAGUCCCAUCACCUUUCCCUGUACCUGUUGUCAGAAAAGUUUUCGUUCCAGUUCCACACCCGGUCACCGUUGUUAAAACUGUACCAGUACCUAUAGAUACUCAUCCGAUUGCUAACCAUUAUGGAGGUCAGUACGGAGUCAGCUCAGGAUACGCUACCGGACCACGCUUCGCCCCAGGACCUUACGGCAGCUUGCCGUUCUCAGGUAGGGAGUAUGGAGGCGGCUACAACGGGUACUCCGCUGUUCCAGCUGAACGACUCGUUUAUAUCUUAUUAGUCACUUCGCUGGCAGGAGCGGUAUCCGCCAUUGCUGGAAAAAGAAGCAUCUUCGAAAGCCUCGUUCCCGGUAUUAACAUUCCACCUCCUGAGUUUGGUUUGAGUUCAGACAUCGCAGUACAAUUUCCUUCUCAAGCAAUUGCUGUCCACGUGCCACACCCAGUUCCAGUUCCAGUUCCUCAUCCUAUCGUGGUUCCAGUUGAACGACCAGUUCCCGUCGCAAUCGACAGGCCAGUUCCAUAUCCGGUUCCUAUCAUCAAAAAAUAUUUUAUUCCUGUCCCAUUCAAAGUUGUAAAGCCCGUACCUGUUCCGGUUCCGACUCCAACUAUCCAAGAUGGGUCUGGAAGCGAUAGUGGUUCAGACUUAGAUGCCGGAUCGGAAAUUACUGCAGAAACCAAUCAUGUUUACACCAACCGAGUUAGUCGUACUGAAAUCGACAGUUUGGCCUCAGGAAAUAAUAGUGGAACCACUACUGCUGUUGUAUCUACCUCACCUGCAACCAGAGCUGCUAAACGAAACAGUUCCUUCAGGAUACACGUUAAAGAAACUUAA